AUGGAUAAAAAUCCAGUCAAUCUUCCGGUCCUUCCGCCUGAUGAUAACGUAAAACUUGUUUUCUCUGAUUACGUUGGCUCAUCCUAUAUUUCCGUUCCUGGUCCACUUGGACAUGGAUGGAGUUUGGACGGGCUCGUAGAAAAGGAGGCGAAUAUGAGAGGAAAACGGGCGUUGAGCGAAAUAGAAGAUUCACCGGAUGAGUUAUCACAUCGACCUCUCGCAAAACUCCUGGAAAAACCAAGGGAUUCCCUGACAGAAGAGGACGUGGUUGAGUAUAAUAAUGAAGCCAGAGUUGAAAUCUUUAGCAAAAUGGAGUAUACGGAACAAUAUGAUCGGAACGCGUGGGAGGUGUUAACAAAACAACUGGAAGGGGAGGUAAAGUUGAAACAAAGUAUUAUUCCCACCAAUUUUAUCCCUCAUUCAAACAAAAUCCAAACACGUGAGGAAUUUGAGGAGUAUCACACUAACAAUGAGAAGAUGGCGGCAAGAUUAGCGAAAGAAGAUAAAACGAAAAGAGUGGAGAUAGACAAACCGGAAGGUAGGCUGAAGAAAUUCAGAGUUACAAACAGAAAGGCAUAA